ACAUUCAACCUCUCACCAUCACAACAACAGAAGAGCGAUAGCGAUUAUGGCUGAAAUCAGAGAUGAUUCCCUCAUUUCAACCCACCCCUCCACCUCCGGGCUGCAGAUUGCUCUGCACCCCCUAGCACUUCUAACUAUUUCAGAUUACAUUACAAGACACACACUCAGAAAACAGACCGGGCCGAUGGUAGGUGCGCUUCUGGGUACCCAGGAAGGUCGAGAUAUAGCCAUCGAACAUGCAUACGAAAUUAUUGCCUUAGUGGAUAAGGAUCAGGUCAGGAUUGACGAAGAAUGGUUUGACAAUAAGCUAAGGCUUUGUAAGUCCCCUUUCUCCGCCUUUUGGCUUCCCUAUCUAUUUGCUGAUGAGGGGAAUCAAAAAAUCAAAAAAAAGUCAAGGAAACCCAUCCAACACUUGAUCUGCUUGGCUGGUUUACAACUACUACUUCGCCUACGUUCGACCCUUCCCUGGUUAUGGUUCCUAUCCAUCAGAAGAUGCUAAGCUACAACGAGUCGGCAAUUAUCCUCUGUCUCAAUCCUGCCCCAAACGCAUCUGCUGGUGGCGGCGGAAAGCUUCCACUAGGGAUCUACGAGUCCAUUAUCGAAACCGAAGAGGCAGCUGCUGCCGGCACUGUUGAGAGCAUGCUGAAACUUAAGUUUGUGCCGUUAAAAUAUACCAUCGAGACUGGUGAGGCUGAGAUGAUUGGUGUGGACUUUGUUGCCAAGGGUGGUUUUGGUAACGCUACGGCUGAGGCUUCGGGAUUAGAGAGCACGACGGAAGGAAAAGUCGUUCCGAAGGAUGCCAAGAAGAUUAAGCUCGCAGAUGAAUUCGCUGAGAUAAUGAAGGGGAAAGGAAAGGAGAGGGAGAGGGGGGAGAGGGCUGGAGAAGAGACAGAGGACAAGUUAAACGUGGGAACCCAGAAUGAUGAAUGUAAGUUUUCCCCCUUCCUUCUUAUCAUGCCCGCCGUUGGUAUCAAUGUUAUUGAUGGAUCGGCAGUGUUGGCGAAUUUAACUGCUAAGGCAAACGCCAUUCGCAUGCUUCACUCCCGGAUUCGCCUUUUGACAAACUAUCUCUCCAUCCCCCCUCACGACAAACCGAACCACCAGCUCCUCCGCGCUUUGAAGUCGCUCACACAUUCCCGUCUCCCGCUGCUUACGCCAGCCGACGCUGGUGCAUUCCGUCAGGAACAACUUGCGGAGCAAUCGGACGUGCAUCUCGUGGCACUGUUGGGGGUCCUAACAAGGAGCAUCGAAGAAGCUCGUGGUGUUGGUAAGAAAUUUGCUGGAAUUGAAGCGACCAAUAGAGCAAACAUGAGGAUGGGGGGUUCGGGUGCUGCUGGUGAGCCAGCUGUUUGGGAAAACUACGGACCGCCCAAAGACCCUACGAGGAGGGGGAGACGGGAGAAUAGCGGUAGUGGUGGUGGUGGUGGUUCGGUUCCUUUCGGGAAUUACCCCAGUAACUUUUAGUUUGUAGUUACCAUAGAUCAGCUUUUCUGCCUGGGAAUAUUAUAAUGGAGUUCUAUCGAACCAGA